GAGGCUGAAGAACUACGAUACCCAGCAGCACAUGCGGCGCCCGACCGGAAGAGGCGGAGUUUCAGCCAAAAUGAGGGAAAAUAAGAACAUGUCCGAGUCCCCGUCUCAAGCGGGAAAAGAAAUACCGGCGAAAAAACAGAAACUGAGCAGUGACGAGAACAGCAACCCCGAUUUAUCAGGAGACGAGAACGAUGAUGCUGUCAGCGUGGAGAGCGGCACCAACGCAGAGCGUCCAGACACACCCACCAACACCGCCAACGCCCCGGGCAGGAAGAGCUGGGGCAAGGGCAAGUGGAAGUCCAAGAAGUGCAGAUAUUCGUUUAAAUGCGUCAACAGCCUGAGGGAGGACCACGGCCAGCCGCUGUUUGGAGUCCAGUUUAACUGGCACAGCAAGGAGGGAGACCCGCUGGUGUUCGCCACAGUGGGGAGUAACAGGGUAACUCUGUACGAAUGUCACUCUCAGGGAGAAAUAAGACUCCUGCAGUCUUACGUCGACGCGGACGCGGACGAGAACUUCUACACGUGCGCCUGGACCUACGACACCAACACGAGCCAUCCGCUGCUGGCCGUAGCCGGGUCGCGUGGCAUCAUCCGCGUCAUCAACCACAUCACGAUGCAGUGUAUCAAGCAUUACGUAGGUCACGGAAACGCCAUCAACGAGCUCAAGUUUCAUCCGAGGGAUCCGAACCUCCUCCUGUCUGUCAGCAAAGAUCACGCCCUUCGUCUGUGGAACAUACAGACGGACACGUUGGUGGCGAUAUUUGGUGGAGUUGAAGGUCAUCGAGAUGAAGUGCUGAGUGCUGAUUUUGAUCUCCUGGGCGAAAAGAUUAUGUCCUGUGGGAUGGACCACUCUCUAAAACUUUGGCGGAUCAAUUCAGAGAGAAUGCAGAAAGCCAUUCGUGGAUCUUAUGAGUACAACCCUUCCAAGACCAACAGGCCUUUCGUGUCGCAGAAAAUUCACUUCCCCGACUUCUCGACGCGAGACAUCCACAGAAACUACGUGGACUGUGUGCGGUGGCUCGGAGAUCUUAUUCUUUCCAAGUCGUGUGAAAACGCCAUCGUCUGCUGGAAACCAGGAAAGAUGGAGGACGACAUCGAUCACAUCAAACCGAACGAUUCGAACGUGACGAUUCUGGGACGCUUCGAUUACAGCCAGUGCGACAUCUGGUACAUGCGCUUCUCCAUGGACUUCUGGCAGAAGAUGCUCGCUCUGGGAAACCAGGUGGGGAAGCUUUAUGUGUGGGACCUCGAGGUGGAAGACCCUCACAAAGCAAAGUGCACCACACUGACCCUCCCCAAAUGCACGUCGGCCAUCCGGCAAACCAGCUUCAGCCGCGACAGCAGCAUUUUGAUAGCCGUGUGUGACGACGCUUCAAUCUGGCGCUGGGAUCGACAGCGCUGAGUCGCUUUGUUUUUGUUUUGUUUUGUUUUGCUUCCUGUUGCUUCCCUCUCGCAUCCUGCAGCUCCUGUUGUACAGAUCUACACUGCAAGAAAUGUCCGUUUGUACAUUUUAGUCUGACGUGCGGUCUAAAAAAAAUGUAUUUCCUUCAACAACAACAAAAAAAAGUGAGACCAUGCCAAGGUGAGAUUAUUACUUUUUGUUGCUCUGGCCAAGGAGGUUGUUUCCAUUCCCUGAAGAAGUUUAAGGAACGUUUCAUAUCUAAUAAAACACUUCAUCUAAAAUAUGAGUUAAACUACUUAAAACAGCACCUUGGUGGAGGUUAAGUGCCUUCUAGCUUCCUAUGCAGAUGCAUUCAUCAGAAGUUAUUUGAUCAGUCAGGGACAUUUUUCUGCAAAUUCUUACAAAGAUGAAUCGUCUGUAUUCGAGUCAACCGGCUGAUUUUUGUCACUUGUUGUAGGAAAAAUAAGCUUUUCAGACACGACAGAUAAAAUGACCAAAGGUGGAUUGUUUUUUUGCAGUGUGCCAUGUUUUAUAUUCAUUUGUUCACCAAAAAAAAAAAAGAUUUUUGUCCUUUUUUUUCCUCCAAACUUUUCUUACAUUCCUUUGCAAGUUUUUUUUGGUGAGGGGUGUUUGAUGCCUCUUCAUCUUCCUCCUCCUUCCUUCCAUACAAACACACAAUACACUCAAUAAAAUGUAUUUUGUAAAUAUUACACUCAAGAGUCAGUUUGUGCAAUGAUGGUGGAUGCUUUUAGUCUGAGUCGUUUUUAGCUUUUUUUAUUUGUGUAGUGCUUAAAAAAAAAAAAAAAAUAGAAAACCUGCUUUUAUUUUGAAAUUCGCUAUAAUAAAGAUGUUAUGGAGGGAGGGGUUCUUUGGCCUUUAUGAAGUGCUUGUAACUGAAUUUAUUUGGACUUGAAUAAAACUUAUUUUUCUACAGAAA